CCAGAGGGGCGUGGAUCCGUCAAAGCUUUUGUAAGCAGUUCAGUACGCGUCCUCCACCUCGACAGGUCGCCCUGACAUCGGGUGACGUCACUUCCCGCCGUUGGACAGCCGGUUCAGGCCAGUUCACGCGCUUUAGUGACUCGCGGAGCUGUCAACACACAACACUACCUGAGUGUUGGGCAGGCUAUCCGUCUAUCGGAAAGCAGCCUCUCUUCUCCAACGACGUUUUCUCCCAGAUAACAGCGACUCCUAUCUCAUUAUGACUCGAAGGUGAUCUUCAGCGUGUCCAGGUGGUUCUGGGUUCCAGGUUGGUGUGGUAAGAGCAAGCUAACUGCAGGAGACCACCUGCAGCAGUUUGUCCCGGGCUCUCAAGCAACCAAGGAGGGGGUUUUGCAGUCUGCUUUGCAUCAUGGAGAAGGAAGACCUAAAGGUCCUCAACAAGGGGGAAGAAGAAGAGAUGGAGCUGCAGGGCUUCCGUCUGUGCCGCUGGCGACUGGCGCUGGUGGGUCUCGGGGUGCUCUGUACAGGGGGCUUCCUGCUCCUGCUGCUCUACUGGAUGCCAGAGUGGUGCGUCAAGUCCACCUGCGUCCCUACCACUGCCUGUGAUGCUGAAGUGGUGUUGCUCCGCUCCACGGAUGAAUUCCGUCGCUGGUUCCUGGCUAAGGUUCGAGUGCUUUUAGCCCCAGGGAGCAACCCCUUCCACAGCCUGGAGACCCAGACCACCUCCCCUGCUUCCCCUUCCUCCCCUUCAUGUCCCUUUUCCUCUUCCUCUACAUCUCUGGCCAACGGAGACCCACAGCACCCUCAGGGGCUCAGCAGAAGAUAUGUGGACUACCAGCCCACACAGAUUCGUUAUUUUACCCUCCACAGCACAAAGUACUAUUGGAAUGACCGAGUGCAGAACUUUGAAGUUUUAACUGGUCUGGAGGAUCUCCAUGUUAGCUGUGCCGCCCUCCACUCGAAGCACAGCAGAGGCCUAACCAGGAACCAGCAAGAGUACAGGAAACUGUUCUUUGGAGUGAAUGAAAUUGAAGUUAAAGUGCCUUCUGUUUUCAAGCUGCUUAUCAAAGAGGUCCUCAAUCCUUUCUAUAUCUUCCAGCUCUGCAGUGUGAUAUUGUGGUGUGCAGAUGAAUAUUACUACUAUGCUGUGGCCAUUGUCAUCAUGUCGAUUAUAUCCAUAGCUACCUCGCUAUACACCAUCAAAAAGCAAUAUGUCAUGCUUCAUGACAUGGUGGCAGCUCACAGUAUUGUCCGUGUAUCUGUAUGCCGAGCCAAUAACGAUGUCGAAGAAGUUUUGUCUACUGAUCUGGUGCCUGGUGAUGUGAUGGUCAUCCCCAGCAAUGGGACCAUUAUGCCAUGUGAUGCCGUGCUGAUCAGCGGCACCUGCAUUGUCAAUGAAAGCAUGCUUACAGGCGAAAGUGUUCCUGUGACGAAGACCAAUCUUCCAAACCAGUUGCCAGGGGACAGUGGAGAUGAACCUGUGAUUGCCUACAGCACCGAGGAGCAUAAGAGACACACGCUCUUCUGUGGCACCAAUGUUAUCCAGACACGUUUCUACACCGGUGAACUUGUCAAAGCUGUGGUGAUCCGCACAGGCUUCAGCACAGCCAAAGGCCAGUUGGUACGCUCCAUCCUUUACCCCAAACCCACCGACUUCAAGCUGUACCGUGAUGCCUACCUUUUCCUCUUGUGUUUGGUGGGUGUGGCUGGGAUUGGCUUUGUCUACUCUAUCGUCUUUAGCAUCAUGAAUAAGGUGCCAGCCAAAACCAUCAUCAUCGAGUCCCUGGACAUCAUCACCAUCACUGUUCCACCAGCGCUGCCGGCAGCCAUGACGGCAGGCAUUGUGUAUGCCCAGCGACGUCUCAAAGAAAUUGGAAUUUUUUGCAUCAGCCCACAAAGGAUUAAUAUUUGUGGGCAGAUCAAUCUGGUCUGCUUUGACAAAACAGGAACGCUUACAGAAGAUGGCUUAGACCUAUGGGGAGUCCAGAGAGUUGAGAAUGGCAGGUUCCAGCACUCGGAAGAGAAAGCCUACAAGGAGAAUCUUGUCAAGUCCCAGUUUGUUGCUUGCAUGGCCACCUGCCACUCCCUCACCAAAAUAGAGGGCCAGCUAUCUGGAGACCCACUGGACCUCAAAAUGUUUGAGGCCACUGGCUGGAUGCUGGAGGAAGCCACUGAGGAAGAAACGUCUCUCCAUAACCGUAUCAUGCCUACUGUGGUACGACCCCCAAAGCAGCUGUUGCCUCCACAGCCUGUAUUACCGGAGCAGGAUAUGGAACUGUAUGACCUGUCUUCGCAAUAUGAGAUAGGUAUCGUGCGGCAGUUUCCAUUUUCCUCUGCACUCCAGAGGAUGAGCGUGGUGGCUCGUCUCUUGGGGGAGAAACGUAUGGACGCCUACAUGAAGGGAGCACCAGAGGUGGUGGCUCGCCACUGCAAGACCGACACAGUGCCAGACAAUUUUCCAGAGGUUUUGGAGGGCUACACCAAGCAAGGUUUCCGAGUAAUAGCGCUGGCUCAUCGUCGUCUUGAAUCCAAACUCACGUGGCACAAAGUCCAGAAUAUAAGCAGAGAGCACAUUGAGACAAACAUGGAGUUCCUGGGUCUAAUAAUCAUGCAGAACAAAUUGAAAAGCGAAACACCAGGGGUACUGCUGGAGCUCCACAGAGCCAACAUUCGCACAGUCAUGGUGACUGGAGAUAACAUGCUGACAGCCGUCUCUGUAGCUCGAGACUGUGGAAUGAUUCCGCCGCAGGACACGGUCAUUAUUGCAGACGCCAUCCCGCCGCAUGAUGGGCAGACUGCGAGAAUCACCUGGAGAUACGCAGACAAGCCAAGCAUGGCAACAUGUGUGGAGGAGGUGAACAUCAGCCUGGAGGAUGUUUGCCACAUCGAUGAACCCAAAGAGCAGGAGCGGUACCAUUUUGCUAUGAAUGGAAAGUCAUUUUCCGUCAUUUCGGAGCAUUUCCCAGAUAUUCUUCAAAAGCUGGUGCUGCAUGGGACAGUGUUUGCCAGAAUGGCCCCGGAUCAGAAAACUCAGCUCGUUGAGGCCCUGCAGGAUGUGGACUACUUUGUGGGAAUGUGCGGCGAUGGAGCCAACGACUGCGGGGCUUUAAAGAGGGCUCAUGGUGGCAUCUCACUGUCAGAGCUGGAAGCUUCUGUAGCCUCCCCCUUCACCUCCCGAACACCCAACAUCUCUUGUGUCCCAAGCCUCAUUAGGGAAGGUCGAGCUGCUCUCAUCACCUCCUUUUGUGUAUUCAAGUUCAUGGCCCUUUACAGCAUCAUUCAGUACAUUAGUGUCACUCUCCUUUACUCCAUUCUUAGUAACCUUGGAGAUUUCCAGUUCCUCUUCAUCGAUAUGGCCAUCAUUCUUUUCAUUGCUUUCACCAUGAGUCUCAACCCAGCAUGGAAAGAGCUGGUUUCACGUCCUCCUCCGUCAGGCUUGAUCUCAGCGCCUCUGCUCUUGUCUGUGCUAAGCCAGAUCCUCAUCUGCUUUGGCUUCCAGAUGCUUGCGUUUUUUUGGGUUAAAUACCAGCCCUGGUACGCCGUCUGGACACCACUUUCAGAUGCCUGCAACGUGUCAUCGCACUUAAACAUGUCCGAGCUGAACGACACAGAAGUGGACGACCACAACAUCAGCAACUAUGAGAACACCAGCCUUUUCUAUGUGUCCUGUUUCCAGUACCUGAUUGUUUCCAUUAUCUUCUCAAAGGGCAAACCUUUUAGGAAGCCAAGCUACAAGAAUUGGCCUUUUGUUGUGACUUGUUUGAGUUUGUACAUUUUCCUGCUGUCCAUCAUGUUCUACCCCGCUGAAGCCAUUGAUGACUUCCUGGAGAUUGUCUGUGUUCCAAUGGAUUGGAAACUAAAACUCCUCUCCGUCAUCGUGAUCAAUGCUGCUGUGUCUUUUGUGGUAGAGACCUUCAUCAUUGACAUCGUCUUAUGGAAAGUUGUGUUCAACAGAGACAAACAGGGCAUCACUCCUGCUGCCCCACCAGCACAGAAAGGCAUUGACCUGGUGGCAGACAAGUGCCGGUGCUGCCCGAGCAAGGUGGCGCCCAAGGCUCGAUACAUGCACCUGGCCCAGGAGCUCAGCGUGGACCCAGACUGGCCGCCAAAGCCAACCACAACGACUGAAGCCAAGCCCUGCCCACAAAAUGGCUCCUCUUACCAAAUUAUGAGCAACUCCUAGGGUCAAAAACAAACCAUCCCCUAACAGUACCUAAUAUAUCUUUCCUUUGGAAGCCGCCCUAGCCCCCCAAUUGAUGUGUGUUUGCACAUGAACUUAUUGUCACUGGCUAUGAUGAUUGUAGAAUACUGUAGCUCCAAACUUCAACCACUAAUACACAAACACUGCUCUGCUUAAAAUGGUAAAUAGUAGUUUUAUGCUAAUUUAAAUAGAAAGUGGCUUGAGGGCACAAUCUGCAGGGGAAAAGACUACUGCAGCUAUCAAUCCAGCAGAGGGCGCUGUUUCACAAGUUAACUCAUUCAACAUUUUCCAGCAGGAAGACGCUCUGACAAGAUGUGGUGUGUAAUUGCAUGUUUUUUAAGUACAAUACUACAUACUGUCAUUGUUUCUUAGUGUGAAAAACUGCAUUUAAAAUGUGUCAGAUAACAGAGAGAGACAUAUUAUAGACAACUUUAGAGCAGGUGUGUCCAAGCUCUUUCUGCUUACUGAAAAAUGAAAGGAUGCCGGGGACAUUUGGAUAGGUUUAUUUUUCGAAACGGGCUAAAAGCAAUCCGAUGUAUGAACUUAAGAAGUUAUAUAUGACACGUUUUCCGAACCUGCUGACUAAAAAGCUUUGAAGUUGAGGUGCACUCAAAACAUGCUUAUUUUUUGCAAUUCAAUCACCGCCACAUCAUAAAAAACAUGUAUAAAUAUAACUAUACAACGCUAAGUUCAUGAAAAAUAGUGGCAGAUAAAAUAUUCAUGUCGAUGGUGACGACCGGACACCACAUGACUUGGAUAUGAAUACAUUAUAUACAUUUUAUUCACGUGGCUCAUUUGGCCCGAUAACUGCAGCCUAGCAUUUUGCUUUGGCGCUGGUGUGUGUGAGAAGCAACUCAUGAGACGCUAACUAACGCGUGUGAUGGUGGAGGACAUGAAGGGUAACUGUUUUUAUUGGAUAUUCAAAGUUCCUGUACUUGGUAAGCAGCGCAUCAAGAAUGUCUUCCACUGCAAAUCAUUUUACAGGCUGCAAUUACGCUUCAUAGCAGAGUCAUGAAUAAUCAUUCAUAUAAGCUCAUUGUAAAGAUCCCUGCAGGUUUGGAGAAUGUGUCAUAUAGGUAUGUCUUUUUGCGCCGUAUUUUGCACAUUUCCCUGCGUGAUUUUUACUCUUAAAUGUGCCGCGGGCUGCUAAAAAAUUUGAUGUGAGCUGCAAAUGGCCCCAGGGCUGUGCGUUGGACACCCUGGUUUAGCGUGUCAAAAGCCUGUGGUCGGGGUGUCCUGGAGAAUAGCAGGGAUGCCAUCUGCAUCUGAGAUGACAUUAAUAUGGAUGGAUGAUGAUGGUCUUCACAUGUAGUAAACGUCCAGGAAAGAUGAAAAGGAGCGUCUCAUAAUAUUAGGGGUGUCACGAGACGAGAAUUUAGCGUUCAUUUUAAGAAAAGCACAUUGAAAAAAUAUUACUGGGCAAACUUGUUUAUCGGAGUUACAAAACAACGCAAGCUUGUUUGAUGCUCAAAAAUAUUAACUUUUUUGGGACCAAAUAAACAACUACUGUUGUGAUAAUAUUAAAAUAAUGCAAUAUUUCCUUUUAAUAUUUCAUCUUUCACUCUUAAAGUUGUGGAACUGGUGUUUGUGACAUGUAUCUUCUCACAGGCUAUUUGUACCGUCAUUUCUUGAAAUGCUGGCUUUUCAACAGCUGCUUUUGCGAUGGCUGUCUGUGAGCACACACCAAUAUGUGCUGUUCCAUUUGGAUUUACUUUGCCAAUCAAACGUCUCAGUGAGUGUUGACUGUCAGGUAAUUUCAUUUGUGAUUUAUUAUCGUGAUCUCGUGACACUCCUAGUAAUAGCCGAGUGGUGUUUUAUGGCGAUUCUAUGGAUUUAUUGACUCGGGGUGGGUUGUCCAAAAUGCUGUGCAGGGGCCAGUUGUGGUCCACAGCGCACUUUUUUUUUUUUUUUUGCUGCAUAUUCUUUGAUGAAUUUUUGAAUGUACGCUUUUAGUAAAAUUUAGGGUUGCUCCGUUCAGGAUUUUAUGCUGCCGGUUCCGAUACCGAUCCAUCAAUGAGUGAAAUGGGCCGAUUCCGAUCACAGAUUAAGUGUACAUUUUUAAAUUUACUUUUGGCUGUAUGAUAUGAAAAAGGGAACCAUAAAAUCACCUUGAUUUAGACUAAAACAUACCUGACUUACCUUUUCAAGACUGACUGUCCCGCACACACAUUAGCUGCUGUUUGAUGACAACAACAUGAGCCUCAAACUCACCAUACUCAAGUCAAGUAUUUGUUCUUCAAAUGCUGUUAAAUUCACAUUUUUUGUGGCAUGUUUUGCAUUGUGCAAAAUGUAUAUCACACACACAAACGGCAGACAUGAUUCUUUUGGGUCUGGCACUCCUGCACAGUGUGAAGGAACGGAAAGUGGCUGGGAGACACUCGCUACAGGCUGUGCACUGCAGUAGUGCGAGCCACAGAUGAUGGGCGUUAAAAGGAAGGCAUUUAUCGGCAUAUGCCGAUUACGUGCUUGUUCACGGAAAUUAGACGAUUUUUAUGUGAUCGAUCGGAGCAUCCCAAGUAAAGAUUAGUAUAACACGUUAUUGAUUGACCAAUAUGUCAAAUUUGAGUUGACGGCUUGCAUUCCUGAACAGAAACACACGGAAACGGGAAGAAUAUCCCUGUGUCCUUCCAUUUUUUUGUGGAGAAAAGUUCGGGCACUCGUGUUCUGGGGCAUUUAGCUCCACAUCUGUCGGUUGGAAGCAGUUGUCAGUGCAAGGUGAUGGUUGCGUCGUAUGAUCCUAAACGCACAUGGAUACAUUGAAACCCAUCAGCCCACACGGCCAUGAAUGCUAAAUUUUCUCGCUAGCUGCAACUGCAUACUUACAGCAGUCGGCUUCAAACUCAGUUAUGCAAGUUUGACCACCACCAACUGAUGUAGCAACAGGUGCAACUUACACACUUAACUGACUGUUUUUGCCAACCCAACCCAACAACACAUCACAGUAAAAAUCCUGGACAGAUCCUCAAAUAUUGACUCUUUUAACACCACUCGUAAAAGUUUUGGGAUAAGGGGCUUGAAGAUGAAGUUUCAAUGAACUAUAUUUGACCUCCUCUAAACUUGCAAUGUCCAGCUGCUGAAUGUUUCACUACUUUUUACACAACUUGCUCUUCUCUGAUAAGGAAGUGAACAUAAAGGCAUACAGUAUUCAUUCCUGGCAACAGUCUCCACUGCACACGCACGUUAGCACCAACUAAGGACAGCAUCUCGCAUAAGUGAGCACAUGAGCAUAUUUGUGCAGUCGCUCAAUUCCAGUGGAUCUAUGCUGCUAUACAAUCUGCACACAGAUCACUCUAAACGUAUAUCCUGUCCCUUCAGGUGUACUGUCAAAUGCGAGGUUGCUGUAGGUACUUUUCGAAGCAAGCUGCAUAAUCUACGUUUUUUUUGUUUUUAAAUUUCUAUUUGUUUUCAGCUUCUGUGAACUAUCUGACGUGUUGGUGUCAGUCAGUGCAUCAAAGCUGUUCCAAAAGAAUAUCCGUAACGCAGUGGUUUAUUCUACUACUACUGUGCGGCUUAUUGCUCAUUUGGUCCACAUAGAAGCAGCAUUGUAAAAAUGAAAAAAAUGCCAGUGUUACUCUGAAAAAAGCCAUUUCCUUUUGUGUAGCAGCAUGAGAUACUUUUUUAAAAAUGAAACCUGUGAGCUAUUGUGAGCUAACCUGCAAUAACCCUGAUUGUGAAUUACAGUGGAACCUUGGUUAGCAUGGUUUUCGAUUCACCAUUUUCCGGUUAGCGUGCAACAUGGGCGCGCCUUUUGUCGCGUUACCAAUAAGACUACGUGAGUCCAAACUGUCUUAAUGUAUUUGUCUCAAAACCUCCUUGCGAGCAGCAGAUUAGCUUCCUAAUACCUGGAAACAGGAACCGGAAGUCUACGAAGACACGGCGUGGACGCGAGAUCAACACGGUUUUUCCAUGAAUUCAGUGUUUCAGUGUUGAAUUCAGCUGUUUUUGAUUCCAUUUUCGCUUAUUUUACAGCUGUGAUCAAAACAAAAGCAGAAACCUGAGGCGAGAAACACUUGAAUUCAAGGAAUAACUCGCAGCACAACAGGAAGGUGGUGUAUGUGUUGAUCUCGCUGCUCCGUAGUGUCUUUGGCAACAAUCAAGCCUCCUGAAAUGUUCAUUUAUCCUUUUCAUUUACAUGUAUUUAGAAUUGUUCUCUGCGUGUAAAACUACAAAAACGUGUUUGUGUUAACAUCUUUGGCUUUCCUGAAUGGAUUCAUUACCCCGGUUUUUGUACGUUUAGGUUAGAAUGGUGCUAACCAAGGUUCCACUGUGUUUACCUGAAUGAUUCUGACACCAGGAGGCCAAAUAUUUUUGCUUUCGCGGGGACAUGAUGUCCCCAAUUUGUGGAAUAUGCGCUUCUUGGCAAUACCACCUGAUGUGAACGUGUAUUAUUAUAAAGACAAUGUAAAGGUUAAGUAUGUUUCUUCGCAAAACAAGAUCAACAAUAGUAACUCCAUUUUAAUGAGGAAUCUAAAAAGCUGGCUUCUCUGUUGUAUAUUUUGAGGUGUACAUUUCAUGUGUGUGCAGAAUAUAUCAUUUUUUUAUGUGGGUUUUUUUUUUUUACUAUCAAGGGCUGGUUUCACUAUUUUGGUACUUUUUUGUUGUUUUUUUACACAAUCAAGUGUGAUUAAUUUAUACGUUCUUUUCUUAUUUAUUUGUAUCUUCACUUUCAUAUCAAGUCGGAAUGACCUACUUUGGAAUGAAUUGCGGGCAUUAAUUUCAUGUCAGUAUUUGAGUUGUGGUGACAUUUGUGAACCCCACUUUGAUUGUCGGGUCAAUAUUUAUUGUGUCUUGGGUAAACUGUACACCAGAAAUCAAAUCUCUACUGUAGAAUUGGAAGAAAGGAAGAAAGUCCUUGUCUUGUCUUGGCUGAAUUGACUUCAGUGCCACUGCUUAGUAUGUCGCAGCCUUGCAGGUUGUGAAAUACUUGCGUUUUCUUUGUUUCUACUCUAUAAAUCUGCCUUUUCUUGCGGGGCUUUGACGCUGGUAGGCCGCUUUAACAACGGUACAACGACAUGCUGACUGAGGCGUGUGAAGGUUGUUUCCUCAGGGGGAAUAUGUGUAUUUUUACUCAACAGAGCAGAUUAUAAACGUUGGUAAUCAAGUGCAAAUGUAUUUUUCUUAUUACUGACCAAUUAUCAUCAGUACAGCUAAUUGGAACUGUUCCCGCACAUCAGCAAUAGGCUCGCUUUGGAUAUAUUUUUUAUCAGCAGAGAUGUACAUUGUUUUGUACUGGAUAAUUUAUUGUAUAUUUAUGUUCCUUUCUUUGCCCCUGAGGAUUGUAUUUUAGAAUUUCUUUUUUCAAUAAAUGUGUGCAAACA